UAAACGGCGAAAUCGUCUUGCAAAGUUUAUUGUUCGAGGCUUGGAAAAAAUACUUGUAAAUAGCCAGUGAAUUUAAACAACUAUAAAAGGUUUCGGUUCGAUGGUGUGUAUUAGAGAACAUGGAUAAAUAUUUUAUAGACUUGCACAGACGAAGAGGAGUGAAAGUUCUAUUUCCUUGUUAUCAGUUACCGUUGAAUGCAGACAAUCAUGGAAUACACACUAUGCAAAAAUACAGUGUUGUUAUGGAAAAAAUGGAUUUGCAAAACUUAAUUCAAAUUCGUUUAACUGAAUGUACCGAUCAAUCAAAAAUGUUCAUUAGUACAAUUGACAAUAAUAGUUAUGAGCAAAUUCGAACAGAGCAGUCACUGCAUGUCACAUUCCAAGGUUUCAUUGAUCAUCUCACAAAAAUCUUAGAAUGUUGUAAAAAGGAAGAGCUUCACAUUAGUCUGGUGCAAAACAAUAACCUCUAUUUGUUGCAGUUUUAUGAGAAAAGUUCUUUCAAAAAUCUUAUGCACCUCUUUCUACGAAUAGAACCGGCAACAACAGAAACAGUAUUGUUUCACAUCAAUCUUUCGCUACAAUCGUUCCAGGAUCAAACAGCCGAUUAUGCAUGUCGAGUUCAACAGUAUCAACUUGAACUUGCUUCGCGGGAUGAUACAAUCAAUCGAUUACAAAACGAUGUUCGAUCCCUGAAUACUAAAUUACAGGAUCAAGAGAAUUUAAUUUUCAAUCGAAAUACGGAAGAGUUAAACCGACUUCAACAAACAAUCAAGCAUAUGAAUGAUGCAAAAGAAAUAGAAGAAAAGCGGUUAAAAGCAAUGCUUUCUGCCAUGCAAGAAAAAAUCGAUCAGCAAAAUAGGGAGAUUUUGGUUGUUAAUGAGAGACUACUGCAAGAUACUAAACUUUGCGAAUCUCUACGAGAGGAGAACAAUAAGUUAAAAUCACAUACUGCUCAAGCUCGUAAUGAAAUCGAUCGGUUAAAGGCAGAAUUACAUUCCUGCCAAAAUCGCGAUGGAAGAAAUGAGGCUGUGAUUAUGGAUUUACGUAAGCAAAUGAUUGAAUUGCAGAGUAAAUAUAAAAUCAAUGAAAAGCAAAAAUCUGAACUUGAAGCUGAGUUAGAAGCUGAGAAGAAAAUUUGUCAAACGAAAAAAAAUGCAUUGCUUCUUACAACGGAUGAGCUAUCCAACGCCAACAUAAUAAUAAGUAAUUUGAACAAAGAAAUUAUAAGACUAAAGAAUAAGGUUGAACUACGUACAGAGAUUGCGAUGAGACAAGAAAAACUUAUUCAGGAUAAAGAAAAGGAUUACAUUGAAUUGCAAGACACCGUCAAGAAAAUACAACAGGAACACCUCAAAAAUCGCGUAUUAAGCGAAGAUUAUGCACAAAAUGUGCGAACAAUUAAAGAGACUUCCGAGGCGAUUGAAGAAAAGUACCGGAAAAAAAUCAAUGAUCUUAUAUUGAGAGUAUCUCAAUGUCAAAAUAUGGAAUCAAACUCAAUUGUGAAUUCUCAUCUUGGAAAUCAAUAUCUUAAGCUUCAAAAUCGGAUAGAGUAACUGUUUUAUUGUAUAAAUAGUUGGUAUAUUUAAAAAAAAAUGAG